AUUCUCGCGUGCGCGCACUCGCGAAUGUUUGCGAUGAGGAGGAGGAGGCGGGAAAUGGCGUCCGCAGAUAUGGCCGAUGUGUGACUACUCGCCAGCCAGCCAGCCAGCGACAGACGCAACUGGGCGAGCGGCAAGAAGGGAAGCAAGCGCACCGACAUCUGGCGGCCGCCGUCGCGGGUUCCCAGCCGCCGAGCUGAAGACGCCGCGGGACGUUUUCGAAGCGCUUCCUCCAUUUUCUAUUCUUCUAUGUGAUGCUGGAGCAUGAUGCGGCUGAGAGUGCGUAAAGCUCCUCAGCAGCCCACCUUAGGCCGUCGAGCCCCCACGUCCCAGGCCAAAAGGAAACGCUGUCGAGUGGACGCACUCCCACUGAGAGCUCGAGGCAGAAUGCAGAAGAAUGAAACGGGCCUCUUGUCCACCAUCAAGAAGUUUAUCCGGGGGGAUCCUGUUAAGGUGGAGCCAAAUAUUCCUGCCAAGAGGAGUCGCAUUGAUUGCAGCGCUAAAAGCGAUCUCAUCACUUCAGCACCACAAACACGAGGCCAUGCCAACAAAACAGUCUCUAGAGUUUGCAGAAAAAGUCCAGUUAAAGAUACAAUAACAUGCAGCAACAAAACCUUGAAACCAAACGGCAAACUAGAAGGUUCAGUUGAGGCGGCGAGCAGUCCUCCGCACACCACACUGCUGGGAACCAUCCUCUCUCCUGUCUUCAACUUUUUCUCACCAGUAAACAAAACUGCCACGCCUGGUUCAGACUCUCCUGGCCAAGCCGUGGAGGCAGAGGAGAUCAUGAAGCAGCUGGACAUCGAGCAGGCCGAGGAAAUGCCCAGUAGCACACUUACAUCCUCUGAGGGCAUCACCGCUUGUCACGGCACACCCCUGUUGCCGCAGAGGCUGCAGAUGAGCGCCGACUCCACCGUAGAGGACGGAGAGAUUGUGGCUGAAAGUGACAUGCCGGCAUUGACAGCUCCUCCUGGUUGUUUACCAGAUGGCAGCUAUCCACACACGUUACCCUCCGUCCCCGCAGAGCCGUCGUACGAGGAAGACUGGGAGGUGUUUGAUCCGUACUUCUUCAUCAAGCACGUGCCACCUUUGACAGAGGAGCAGCUGACACGCAAACCAGCACUACCUUUGAAGACACGCAGUACGCCUGAGUUUUCUCUUGUCCUCGACUUGGAUGAAACGCUGGUUCACUGCAGUUUGAACGAGCUGGAAGAUGCGGCGCUUACGUUCCCUGUGCUCUUUCAGGAUGUGAUAUACCAGGUGUAUGUGCGAUUAAGGCCAUUUUUCCGAGAGUUUCUCGAGCGCAUGUCUCAAAUGUAUGAGAUUAUCCUCUUCACGGCAUCAAAGAAAGUGUACGCCGACAAGUUGCUCAACAUCCUCGAUCCCAAAAAGCAGCUGGUCAGGCACCGUCUAUUUCGUGAGCACUGUGUGUGUGUCCAAGGAAAUUAUAUAAAAGACCUCAACAUUUUGGGACGGGAUCUUUCCAAGACGAUAAUCAUCGAUAACUCACCACAAGCCUUCGCCUAUCAGCUCUCCAAUGGGAUCCCGAUCGAGAGCUGGUUCGUGGAUAGAAAUGACAGCGAGCUUCUCAAGCUGGUUCCUUUCCUGGAGAAGCUGGUGGAGCUGAACGACGAUGUCCGGCCGCAUAUCAGAGAGCGCUUUCGCUUGCACGACCUCUUGCCUUCAGACUGAGCAGCUGGCAUCCGCCAUUGGAUCAGCGUGGGAAAGCCCCUCCCCCCACCCCACCAAGGAAGGAUGUAUACAGUGGAUUUCUUGACAGACUUUGAUUUUUCUAAAAAAAAAAAAAAAACAACAACAACAAAAACAAUGCAAAAAAGAGUGAAAUGGAUGUUUUAUGCAGAGACACUCACACAUGACUGAACUGCUCGCAUCAAUGAAGGUGUUUUGUCUGCCAUUUUGGAUCGACUAAACUGAAUGUGUUUGUGUUGGAUUCUCUUGUCGCAAAAUGGUCAGUCAGACUUGUAUUAUAAUUACUAUUUUCUUGUAAAUAUGUGUACAGAUUGUUUUUUUUUUUUUUCCCCUCCGAGAUUUUUAAGUCUUAUGUUCAGGUUUUAGUAUGAAUACUUCGACUCUGCUGUUAUUUUUUUUUUUAAAGGAUUAUAUUAGUGUUUUGUUUGCAGUAUGCCUGCUUUACUUCUGUGAUGCUUUACUCAAUUAAUUACAUGCAGUUGUUUGUUUAUAAGGUGCAGUUUAAAAAAAAAAAAAUGUUUCUGAAACAAUAUUUUAAGAUUCUGUAAUGUAAGCUAGACUAGCCUCUAAACAGAAUACAAAGCCAUAAUGGCCAAUCCCUCAUUUGGAGAUUUGUAUUUGCCACCUUGAUCGUCCAUGAUGAUGAUGUUGAUGAUGAUGAUGAUGAUGACGAAGGGCUUUGGCAUCCAGCCCUUUUGUAAGAUGAUGUCAGACCCGUCACUUUUCUAAACGGGUUUGUUGACGCUUCAGUUUGAGGAGGGGGGAACAAAAAUGACAUAACACCAGCCAUUGCUUUGGAUUCCAGUUUUCUGGGACAUCUAUGUGGGAUCUUUAUGAUGUUGGCGUUACAACCAAGUUUUAUUGACUCUUGAAUGAUCAAUCAUGUUGUAUUCAGUGUUAUUCAAUGGUUUUCCAUGAAAAUAAAUAUGUUUUUAUAGCACUCUA